AUAUUUGAAAUUAUUAAUUUACACAAACAACAAAUACUACUACUACUUAUUAUACAGCUGAAGUUAAAAAAAAAUUAAAUACAAAUAAAGGACAAAUUUGAAUAUUAUUCAAAAUAAAAACAUUUUAGCAUCAAUUUUUUCAUCUAAUUUACACCAAAGAAUAAUAAAUCUAAGAAAAUUUUUGGUAAAAUAUAAAGAAAACAAAUAAAAAUAAAAUUUUAAAAGUUAUAUUAAAAAAUAAUAAUAAAUAAUAUCAAAAAACAAACAUGGCUGACAAAGUAGAACAAACCCAACAGAUGAACAACAAUCAAAAUGAUGUACGAAAAAUUCGUAAAUCUCCAGAAUUUCAAACACAACAGCAGGUUAUUGUACCCGCCAGCAUAACAAGAGAAAGAAGUUUUGUGCGCACUUCCAAUCAUCAGAAUAUCAACAAAAGACGUAGCUUGGCUUUCAAUCUACAGACCGGUGGUAAUACUCAGACUGUGCAAUUGCGUGGCAAACCCACAAUGGACAUUUAUAGACCACCAAAUGCCCGUUAUGAAAAUGGUAAUAACCUAAAUGUUAACGCUCAGGAAUUUAAUUAUGCAGCCACUACAAAUACAAGAUCUACUACACCACCUCCUCCACACUCACUUGUCCAAUCGGCAGCACCAUCAGAUGCAAUUGAUAGUCGUUCAUCCAUGGUCUUUCCGCUCAAUUCUCCCACUGGAAUACAGCCACAAAUGCAAUAUGUGGCAACAAAUAAUGCAAUGAUGAAUCGUCGACAAGCUGGUCUCUCUUUGGGUAGUAUGCCAUUAGGAAAUAUGAAUAAACAGCAUCAUAUGGCUGGUGGACAUCGUCCCAUACUUGUGACUCACUCACAUCCCAUGCAAAUGGGUCAUAUGGGUGUCUCGCAGCAGGUGCCAUUGAUAAAUUCACCUUCAAGUGGAAAUAUUUUACAUCAAGCUGCCACAACAAAUCGUGUAAAAUUUGCCCCAGAGCCCCAGAAACAUCAUCACAAUAAGGGUCAAAUGAAUAUGGUGCAAAUGAACAACAAUCUUAACCAAAACUAUCAGCAACACCAGCAAAUGAACGUUAUGAAUCCAUACAUUAUGUCCAACAACCAAAUGGGAAAUGGGCCUAUGGAUCCAUAUAUGAAUAUAGCGCCAUUACAACGUUCAAAAUCACUCUCUUCAGCUGAUGCUUUGACACGUGGUAUUGCUGGGCUUGGGUUGGGUCUUGGCAAUGAGGUCACCGAUAUCGGUCAAUUUACUCCCGAAAUACAAUCUCUUAUUGAUACGGCUCUCGAAGAUCCUAAUAAAUUGAAUUCACGUAGUCUAAUGGAAUUGACUUCACAUUUCAUUAAACGUGCUGUGGAGGGACGUCGUUAUGCUCUACCAAUAUCGAGACUUUGCCUUAACAUUAUAGCCAAAGAGCAAAAGGAGACAUUCUUGGAGGCAUUGUUGAACACCUGUCGUCAGUGGUAUCAAGAGAGAGAAAAGCUUUUAUUCACAAUCCAAGGAAUGAAAUCACCAUCUAGAGCUCGUUUUACCGCUUUCAUGGCAUUUCUUACCGAAAUGUUUUGUCAACUAAAGCGGCGUCAAUUGCAAUUGCGUACCCAAUGCGAAGGAGCACCACCACCAUUAGUUCUACUUACUCUUUUGUCGAAAUGUUGUGAAGACUGUGUAAAACCUCCAGUCAGAUCCUUAUCUGAGAUUGAAUGUCUCUUCUAUGUACUGACCUGUAUUGGUCAAGAUCUUGAAAUGCAAUUGCCACAACAGUUGGAAUUACUUUUGUCCAUGGUACGGGAUGCCUUUUUGAAUGCCAGCGACUCGGCACCCGCUAUACGUCGUACUCUUUUGCAACUCAUUGAAUUGCAGGCAUCACAUUGGCAAUUACCAGGCAAUACGGUGCUCUACUACUAUCCCUCGAACAAGUGAGAUUUUCAACAUAUAGUUGUUCCAUUUGUUGGACCUGAAAAUGCAAUUGUUUUGAAAAAUUAAAACUUUUAUUUUUGUUUGUUAUAAAAAAAUUACCUAAAAAUUAUAUUAAACUUAGAAACAUACAUACUUACAUACAUACAUACAUAUACAUACAUUUAUUGCAUUUAAAAAAGAUGCAAAUGUUUUGUUGGAGCAAUGAUCCCUCAUAGACAUCCUACAGUACAUUAUAAAUACAUUAAGUUAUUAAUACAUACAUAUUUCUUUUUAUUAUUUAUUUAAUUUUAUUUCUACUAACAAUAAAAAUAAACAAAAUAUUUUUUUGAUCAUGAUCAUACAAUACUAUCUCUAUACAAUUAAAUUUUACUAUUUUAAUAUUAUUAUUACUAUAUUCGUAUUUCGUAUUUUAAUUUAAUUUAUAUUUGUAGUAUCUAAUUAUUUAUAAUACAUCUACAAUAUAGUAUAUACAUAUAUACAUGGAUACAUACAUAUGUAUAUUGACUAACAUAUUCAUAGUAUGUAUGUUAAAUAUUUUAGAGAACAUUAGAUCGUUAGAUCGUCUGUGAAAACUUACAACAAUUCAAGCUCUAAUAUAUAUAGAAUUUUAAGAGGCAUUUUUGAGCUCAAAAAUACUUUUUUCUCACAAGAUAUUAUAAAACGAAAAAAUUUUAACAUCACAAAGAAAUAUUUAAAAAAACUACUAAUCCCCAAUUUAUUAAUAUCUAAUACUAGUCAAAAAAAAUAAAUAAAACAACAAAAAAUAUUUUUUAAAAAUAAAGUGAUUUUCAAAGAUAUAAA